UGCAACAGAAAGCCUGGAUUAUCGAGUACAUUAUAGCCUCGUUCUCGACUGAACUUCCAUGGUCAUCCUGCGACAAUGAAUGGAACACUCCAGGUUGUGUUGAGCCUGGUCAUUUGGCUGGACACUUGACCACCAAUAUUAGUGUUAACCUCACAUAUAAUUACACAACAGUUCCGGUAUGGACAAUCUUUACUGUUGGUUACUGUAUUAUUUUCACAAGCUUCACAAAUGUUUUGUUUGUUGACGAAAGUUACUUAGCGAAAUCCAUCUGUGUGACAAGAAAACUGUGAAUACAAGAACACACAGUUCACCUUAGUACAUACAUGUUCUUCUUGUUUUGUUGGUUGGUGUUCACUACAAUAUCCCCGUCAAAGUAUUGUUGCAUACAAUCCGUGUAGAAAAAAAUUAAUCUUUGAUCAUUGUAUUUUUGACCGAGUUAUUUAUUUUAAUAAUUGGUUUCUGAGUCCAUGUAACCUGUCAGAAUGUCUAAUCGUCAGUUGCGUAUCAUACUGACGUACCAGUAUUUAAAAUCUAGAUUCAGUCAUAAAGUGUUUGUUCUUAGUUCAGUGUAGAUACUACAAACUGUUUAUUCAUUGGAACUGUAAAAAUCAAUCAACAUUUUCUUGUGCAUUAUUUGACAGGUCCUAUAACAAUAUGUAAGCUACAAUUUCUGCGAAGCUUAAUUUUUUUUUUUCGGUUAUGUUCACAUUUUACUUCCGGUAGUGUUCACAUUUUGCUUCCGAUAAUGUUUACAUUUUACUGCUGGAAAUGUUCUAUUUUACUUCUGGUAAUGUUCACAUUUUACUUCCGAUAAUGUUCACAUUUUACUUCCUGUAAUGUUCACAUUUUACUUCUGGUAAUGAUCACAUUUUACUUCCGACAUUGUUCACCUUUCAUACGUGUUGUCAGUUAAAGACCUCCUCACCUGUCAGUUCGAUGUUUAAUGGUGGAAAUGAUACGUUACAUGUUCCCAUGUCGUCUGUUGAGGAAUUCUGGAACUACAAGAUCCUGGAGAUCUCCUCUGGUAUUGAUGACAUUGGAAGGCUGAACUGGAAAUAUCUUCUGUACAAAGUCGCCUGUCAAGUUAUCAUCUGGCUUGCGCUUAUAAAGAGCAUCCAAUCCAUAGGCAAGAUAAUGUACGUGACGGCAAUAGCCCCAGUCGUGCUGUCUGUUAUAAUCUGGAUCAGAGCCCUCACAUUUCCGGGAGCCACAAGUGGGAUGGCUUAUUUCAUAACUCCAGAUUUCAACCAGCUCGCCAACUUGGAGGUGUGGAUAGAAGCAGCCUUUAUGGCAUUCUACACGUUGGGGCCCGCCUGGGGAGGACUGGCAAUGUAUGGAAGUCAUAACAAAUUCUCAGCAAACUGCUUCCGAGAUGCUGUUUUCAGCACUGUGAUGGCAGUUUGUUAUGGACUGUUCAACGGGCUUGUCAUAUUCUCUGUGAUUGGCGUGCUCUCCUACGAAAGUGGCGUACCACUUGACAAGGUUGUCACCUCAGGUGGGUUUUCUCUAGGAUUUGUAGCGUAUCCCCAGGCGAUAACCUUCUUCCCCUUACCACAGAUUUGGGCCGUUCUCUUCUUCAUCGUACUCCUUCUGCCAGGACUGGAUUCUCAGACGAUCAUGAUGGAGCCAGUGCUAUGUGUGUUUGAGGAGAUAUUCCCUAAAACAAUCGGGAAAAAGAGAAUUCCUCUGCUGACAGUUGUGACCGUUAUAACCUUUAUCUUCGGAAUCCCUCUAGUCUCUCAGGCUGGUGUUUACAUGUUCCAACUGGUAGACUGGUAUGCAGCAACAUGGAGUAUAUUACUUAUAGCUGUCGCAGAGUCCAUUGUGUUCGCCUGGAUAUAUGGAGGGGAUAGACUGAGUCGGGAUUUUAAACUGAUGCUUGGCAGACCGUUACCCGCAUUUGUUCGAGUCUCCUCUGCCUUUAUCACCCCAGCUGUUCUGACGGGUUUAGUAGUUACGAGCAUAUUUAAGUACAAGCCUCCCACCUAUGGAACGUACGUGUACCCAGACUACGCCCGCAGUAUUGGUUGGUGCUUUGCUAUCAUUCCCCUUCUCCCAAUUGUUCUUACCAUAGCAUGGAUGGUUAGAAACAACAAGGGCUCUCUCAAGGAGAGAUUUGUUUCCCUAAUGAAACCUUCAGUGGAGUGGGAACCUGCCGAAGACACCGUGAAACAUGUCUAUCGGAAUUUAGAACAAAGCUACCAACGAUCAGUCAAGAGGCUAGCUAUGUUUAAUCUGACGGGACGAGGAGGAUUUGACAAACUUUUUCCUGAAUCUGAAGGUGAUAAACUAGAGAUCAAACCAAUCAACAGAAACAUACACGCGGAAUUUAAUGCAUGAAAGUUACUUCAUAUUAUUUUUUUUUUUUUUUUUUUUUUUGUCACAUUUUAGAGGAAACUCCUUCGGGAAUCAAAUUCGUUUUGCAAAUAUUCAUUUAGAAUGAAUUGUUAGAAAUAUCAUCUCAUUCGCAAAUCCAGAUGUUCAUAAAACAAACAUUGCUGCUACAUGUUCAUGUAUGUAUUUUGACCAUAUCCAGUAUAUCAUGAUAUACUUUAUACUACAAAAUAAAUAUUUUAUUUGGUAAAAAAUAAAACUUCUUUUUACGAAUUUAUAUCAUUAGUGUACAAUCACGUGUUGAAUGUCGUAAGGAAGGCACGGAAUCAAAAUUAAGAAAAAAUGUUUAUUUUCUUGUUUUUUGGGGUGGUAUUGUUGGUGUUUUUCAUUCUUAUUUGUAUUUUUAUUUUUUUCUUGUACCAGUUUUUUAUAAUUUCUUAAUUGUUAUUCUUUAAGUUAUAUAUACAUGCAAUUUAAUGAUGGAGCUGACCAAUAUGUAAACUGUUUUCAGAGAAGUAUGCAUUCCUUGAAAACAUGUAUCAGCUUGAAAUGAGAACAAUUGAAAAUAGUAUCUCCAAACCUGGACAUUAAGUAAACAUGUAAAAGCAAAUAAAACUCACGAAGCAACCAGUAAUUCGUUCACUGUGAUUAGAUAGAGAACAGAUCAAAUAACUUUUCGUCUGUACUCCGUCCGUCCGUAUGUUCUGUGCAAAUUCUCAAUAACGCUAUUACUCUAGAACUACUGUUGAAAAAUAGUUCAAAAGCUCUUUUUCAUAUUCAAUGAUGGCGUGCUGAUAGAAAGACUGUCAUAUCAGAACGGGUGUCAAAGACACACGAACAGCCAUGGUCAUAUCAGGUCAGGUGUCAAGGACACACGAACAGCCAUGGUCAUAUCAGGUCAGGUGUCAAAGACACACGAACAGCCAUGGUCAUAUCAGGUCAGGUGUCAAAGACACAUGAACAGCCAUGGUCAUAUCAGGUCAGGUGUCAGGAAGACAUCAACGGCUAGCUGUCUGAGGCAAUUUUAUUUACUAUUAAUCGCAGCAUUUUCAUUCCCGUCCACAAAAACCUCGGGCGUUGUAGUUAGACAUGGUUUAGUCAAUUAAUAAAAUUACAUGUUUAUCACCAUCAGAUGAUCUAUAUAUCAUCAAAAGAUACUUUUAUUUGUUUGUUUUUGUUUUUCGGGGUAUU